AUGUUGGCUGUGGAAGAAGUUUUGAGUGAACUGAAUGGUGAAGAAGUUAACGAGCAGGGUUUGCCUCCAGGGUUUAGAUUCCACCCUACUGAUGAAGAGCUCAUAACCUUUUAUCUUGCUUCAAAGGUGUUUAGCUGGACCUACCGUGGUAUAGAAAUUGCUGAGGUUGACCUUAACCGAUGUGAACCUUGGGAGCUACCAGAUGUAGCAAAGAUGGGGGAGAAAGAGUGGUACUUCUUCAGCUUAAGGGACAGGAAGUACCCAACUGGGUUAAGAACAAACAGAGCAACGGGAGCUGGAUACUGGAAAGCCACAGGGAAAGACAGGGAAGUUUGCAGUGCCUCAAAUGGAGGUCUAAUUGGCAUGAAAAAAACCCUUGUUUUCUACAAAGGCAGAGCCCCCCGUGGUGAGAAAACUAAGUGGGUCAUGCAUGAGUACCGCUUAGAUGGUGACUUUUCCUAUCGCCACACGUGUAAGGAGGAAUGGGUGAUCUGCAGAAUGUUUCACAAAUCUGGGGAGAAGAAGAAUGGCAUUCUCCAAGGACAAAGCUAUCUCUUCGAAGGUUGUUCAUCUCCCUCAGGUUCCUUGCCUCCAUUGCUUGAAACUCAAACAACAUUACUGGAAUGUCAAUCUCAAAACCCAAGUUCAAUAGAGGCUCUCCAAAAUUCUUUUCUGUAUCACCAGCAAGAAAGUGACCUGAAAAGCUUAAUAAACCCAGUCAUGUCUCAGUCACAUUCACAUUCACAUGAUCUCUUCCCAAUGAACGGAUUCCAAUCCUCUUUUUCACACAACCCUACCACAAUCAUCUCUACAAACACAUCUAACACGACAAAUAAACACAUGAUGAUGAACACUGACAACAGCCCAUCACAAUCCAUGCUCUUCAAGUCCCUUCUCUCACAUCAAGAUUUCACAUUGAAGGAACAAACUACUAUUCCUAGACAGUGCAAGACAGAGGCCAACUUUUCCCAUUUCCAACUACCUGAGGCCAAUAACAACAACUUUAGCUGGAUGGAAAAAAUUCACCCAAACCCAUAUCAUAAUCCCUUGUUUUUUGAGAUGGAUUGCAAUCUUUCGGGUCUCCCAACACAAUCUGCAGCUAUUGCGGGGAGCAGUGCCAAUGAAAUGUCUACUUCAGUUGCUUUCAACAGGACUAGCUUUCAAGUGAUGUUAGAUACUCCCAUCAGAAUCCCUGGAGAAUCUUGGACAUUGGAUGCCUAAACAACUUUCUUUUAAUGAGAUCUCAUAUAUCUAUAAAUAGUUUGCGUAUAUACCCAUCAUCUA